UGCACGUGGCGAGGUACAUGGGUCCCUGUAAAGUCGGACACAAGAAUAGCCUUGUGAACGGCUUUCCCAUCUGACCAUUUCCCAAGUCUUUUUUCUUUCAAUGGGCCUUACAAUAUCGACUCUUUUUUCAUCGUUGUCGUCACUGGUACGAUGGAGCAAAGACCAAGAUGUCCGAAUACUGAUGCUGGGGCUUGAUUCUGCGGGGAAGACUACAAUACUAUACCGACUACAGAUUGGUGAAGUAGUUUCUACAAUACCCACUAUUGGGUUCAAUGUGGAAACAGUGCAAUACAAGAACAUCAAAUUUCAAGUAUGGGACCUUGGUGGCCAAUCAAGUAUACGGCCAUACUGGCGGUGCUACUUCCCAAACACUUCUGCCAUCAUAUACGUCAUCGACUCCUCUGAUCAUGCCCGCCUAGCGACAUCACGAAGUGAGCUGUUGACAAUGCUGUCGGAAGAGGAACUUGCUGGAGUCCCGCUGCUUGCGUUUUGCAAUAAGCAGGAUGUUGAAGGUGCUUUGAAGCCAGAAGAAAUUAGCGAGCAACUGGGGCUCGCAGGUGGAGAGAAAUCAAGGCAGUGGAGUGUUCGAGGAAGUUGCGCCACCAAAGGUGAGGGUCUGGAAGAGGGGCUGGAUUGGUUGGUAAACGCGAUACAGAAGAAAUAAACAUUUCUUGGUUUCCGCAGUGUCCAUCCUUGACGCGCUGUCCUAUUGGAUCGCAUUUUGUUUUAUCCCUUGGUGCUUCUUUGUCUUCUCUGACAUUUGUCUAUAAUUUCGAACAAUCUGGCAUACCCAUCUGUAACCCAAGAGUAUUGAUACUGCAUCUAAUUUUGUCGCUAUAGAUAUUGAUCUUCUGAAUGUCAGCUCUCAGUUUUCUUAAUGCUU